ACGAGAUGCACCAGUCCCUGUCAACCCUUCCCCCUGAAAUCUGGCUGUGUGUUUUACGUUGGGCGACCUUGCCUGACGCAGAGAGGCUUAACAUAACGAAUUACCACCCCUUCUCAAGUUCAUUCGAGGGCCAGGAUGAGGGCCUUCAGACCAAGCGAACAAUAGUGUCCGUUUGCCGCAUGUGGAGGGCUCUUGCUACAGGAUUUCUGUAUGAAGACAUCAAAGUAAAGGACAAACAUGCAAUCGAAGGGUUGAAGGGCGCACUCAGACGACGUCCCGUUGACAGCGAGAACAGAGAAGACAUUGGUUAUGGGAGAUGGGUUCGCCGUCUGGAGAUUCCCUACACGUUGACAUGCACCGAGAGACCUAGCAGCGUUCAAGAUACACUUGGCAUCCUCGAUCGAUGUCCUCGGGUAGAGUUCCUUGCCAGGCCAUUCCUUGCUGUCCAUCCGGACAUAGUCCGCUUCGACUUUCAUGCUGACAUGAUACCCCUCCAUUCAUUGAAACGUCUUGACUGGUGGCAUUAUAACACUGCAGCCCGGUCAGGUGGAAUCAACUCCUUGGAAGUGGUAUUGCACAAUGCGCCUUCCCUGCAGUACCUCACGGUCGGUGGCGAACUGUGGCUGAGUACGCUCAGUCGUAGUGGCAUGAGGAUUCCCUCUCUGAAGACCAUUCGGAUUCGCAAACUCAACCCCAUCUUCCUUCGGCUUAUAUGCGAUUGGGACUUGCCUGCCCUCGAAAGCAUCAUCGUCGACAUGCCGCCCACUCAUGGAGAUGCACUCUCCUUACUCUGGGAGUCUUUUGGAAAUCAAGUCCAUACCGUAGAAUUUAGCAGACACAUGGCCUUUCUCAUGACAGAACAGCUCACACUCCUUCUCCGGGACUGUCCCAGCCUCAAACAUCUCAACUACUUUGUCUACUUUACCCUCCCACUCAAUGGGCCUGCCGAACACGAGUCCCUCACCUCGAUCGGCCUUCAUUCCUAUCCGUGCGCAAUAUUUGACGGUGACGGUUGGAAGGUGCUAGGCCCACAUCUCCAUUUUAUCGCUGAAUCCUCUUUCCCUUCCCUUCGAUCGGUGACUCUCUACGGCGACUGGCAAAGUAUCAUAGCGGAUAAGCGAUUCAAAGAGUUUUGUUCAGUCCUUGCGUCGCGCAAUUGCUCUGUCAUUUGCCAUGACUAGAGGGACUUCUUAUAGCCGACGUGAAGAACUCUCGUAGGAAAAUCGUGCUUCUUAUGGCAACAGUGGCCUUGUACCUUAACACCUUAG